UGCCAAACUCGAGACUUUGCGAGACUUGGAAUACCAACAUGGCGGCGCCCAUGCGACUUUUGUCGCGCAUGUUUUCACACCAAAAGUCACUUUUCGCGCCUUUUCCCGCCGUAUCGUCACAGUUGGACUACCGCGUACGACAAUUCCAUGGAUCAAGCGUUUGUUUCAUUCCAAGGAGAGGUGGAAGAACAAGAGAAUCGAUCGAAAACGACGAGAAUAUCAUGGAAAAUUUUGAGGGGGAGGGGGGCAGAUAUGAGCAUGACAUGUUUUCAGAAGUCAGAGGACAUUUUCCCCAUGACAGGGAAGUUGAGUCGCAUAGAGGGAGACAUCAGAAAAGAUUCAGCUCUCAAGUAGAUAUCAGACCACAUAGCGAUGAUAAUCUUUCGUAUUCAGUCGAGAGCGAUCUUCAAAUUUUCGAUAAACCUAGAAAGAAGCGACGGAAACCUCAUUUCGAAACAUUAGACGAGCACGAACGAAAAGGACACCAGACUAAAGUGAGUGCCGACGAUGUCAAAGUCUCGUACGACGAGCCGCGGGAAAAAUGGUGGAAGUAUCGCGAGUUCGAAAAGGUUCAACCAGGCGAUGAUGAACUUCUUCAGUUCGAAACACGGAUAGAACAACUGGCAAAGGAACAGAGACAGCUGAGAAAAGAACAGAGAGAAUUUAGGAAAGGCCAGGAGAAAAAGGAAGAUAAACCAGAGACUGCUAAAGACAUAGCCAGGAGGCUUCGUGAGGAGAGGUGGGCGGAGGAAAUAGCUACAGGCAGAGGUUUGAAGGACAUACGUGAGUUGGACCUGUCCAGAGAGAAGUUCCUAUACAAAUGGAAACACCAGGUAGCAGACCUGACCCACGUGUCUCCAUACACACUGGCCAGUAUCUUGAAGAAAAGCCUUCUGUAUGAUGAAGGUGACAUUGUGGCCAUAGAGAAGCCCUAUGGAGUUCCUGUUCAUGGUGGUCCAGGAAUGGGGGUCAGCAUAGCCGACUCCCUCCCCUUACUGCAACAGGCGCUGAAGACUGACCGACUGUACCUGGUCCACAGACUGGACAAGGAGACCACAGGAGUCAUGCUGCUGGCCAAGACUGACGACAUGGCACGCCAGCUGCACAGUCUCUUCAGGCUCAGGAAAGUCAUCAAGAAAUACUGGGUGCUGACUAUGGGAGUGCCAUCACACGAAGAGGGCGUUGUAGACAUCCCCAUCAAGGAGGUGGAAGUGACUGCGCAGGGCAGGCCCCACCAUAGGAUGGUCUGUGUUCCAGAGUACAGUGAGGAGACCAAGCUGAUCGUUAAGAAGAAACGGAAGAGUACCGACGCCCAGAUUGCCGUCACUAACUUCCGCGUUCUGGACAGCUGCGGCUCCUGUGCGCUGGUCGAAUGUCAGCCUGAAACUGGUGUGAAGCACCAGAUCAGGUCUCACCUGUCCUACGGGCUGGGCUGUCCCAUUCUGGGGGACCACAAGUACUCACACCACAGCAAACUCGCUCCACAGCGACUGCCCACAGGAAUGUUGGAGAGGUUUGGCAUCCAGCAGCCGAAAGCCCGGUACCUCCCGAUGCACCUCCAUGCCAGGCAGAUCGUCCUACCGGGGUUCAGGGAUGGGAGGAGUUUGUACUUCACUGCGAGUCUACCCGAUUUCUUCAAUAGGAACGUGAAGAAGCUAAGAAUCAGAGUGCCAAGAGGACAGAAAUAAGCUUCUAUGUAUCACAGUGCAAGAAGACUUGAAGUAACCUGCCAGCAAGAUAUGUCCUUUUGUGAUCAACUGAGCACCUGACACAAAUGACUUCAUGGCAAGGCUACCUGAUUUCUUCAAUAGGAACAUGAAGAAACUAAGAAUCCAACUGCAGAGAGGACUGAAAUAAUUCUUGAACAGAAUAGCUUCUAUGUAUCAUACAUUGUAGUGCAAGAGAAAUUGAAGUAACCUGCCAGCAAGAUAUGUCCUUUUGUGAUCAACUGAGAACAUCUGACGCAAAUGACUGACAGGGAUAUAGGAGAAUUCAUUUACACUACCAAUUUGUUCAAAUUAUGCUUACUAGUAUGCUUCAAUGUCUCUUAGACUCCUUCCUCAUAGCGUCUAAUGUAGGUGGUGCUUUUGAGGCAAGAACUUAAUAUAGUGGUGAGAAAACACCACAACGUAAGCAACGUGAGUACAACUUAUCCUUCCUUUAUUUUCGGAAGUGACAGGGUUCCUUUCAUCAAGAAAUCUAUCUGUAACAAGAAGCAUUGCAAAAUGGCACCUAAAUGAAUAUGUUCAAUGAAAUUGCAAACAAAUACAUGACAAUAAAAGCCAUGCCCUCGUGUCGCA